GAAUAACAUCGAUAACGUAACGUAAACUUCCCGGUGUAAAGCAGCAUAAAGUGCCUGUUUAGGGGUUAGUGUUUACUAUGUAAAUAAUUUAAUGUGAAAGAAACAUCAAAUAACGUUAAGUAAAUCUUGUGAUAUUUAAUAAACAUAUAUCACUUAUGUUAACAAAAUGACAGACGAAAAAGCGCAUACACAAGAAUUUAAAUUAGAUCCAGAUUGUGAGUUACGAUUCGAAGUUGAAUCUAAAAAUGAGAAAGUUACGGUUGAGCUAAAAAGCGGUUUAGCAGAGGUCUUUGGUACAGAACUGGUGAAAGGAAAAAAAUAUGAAUUUAUUGCUGGAGCUAAAGUAGCAGUGUUUACCUGGCAAGGUUGCACAGUCGAACUAGUUGGAAAAACUGAUGUCAGUUAUGUCGCCAAAGAAACUCCGAUGGGUCUUUAUCUAAACUGUCAUGCUGCAAUGGAAAGGCUUAGGGAAACUGCAGAGAAGGAUGAUACGAGAGGACCGAUAACAAUGAUUGUAGGACCCUGUGAUGUUGGAAAAUCAACACUUUGCAGACUCCUUUUGAACUAUGCAGUUAGAAUGGGCCGUAGACCUAUUUUUGUAGACUUAGAUGUUGGUCAAGGUCACAUAGCAAUACCUGGUACAGUUGGAGCUCUACUUGUUGAGCGUCCAUCAAAUAUUGUCGAAGGUUUCAGUCAGCAAGCACCAUUAGUCUUCCACUUUGGUCACAAAUCUCCACAAACUAACGUUGCUCUUUACAACCUCCUAGUAACGCGAUUAGCAGAAGUCUGUUCGGACAGACUCCAAGCUAAUAAAAAGGCUAGAGUUUCUGGGAUUGUGAUAAACACUUGCGGAUGGGUAAAAGGAGAUGGAUAUAAAUUAUUGACUCAUGCAGCUCAGGCUUUUGAAGUUGAUGCUAUUUUGGUACUAGAUCAAGAAAGACUUUAUAACGAACUUGUUAGGGAUAUGCCAGAUUUCGUUAAAGUUGUUUUUCUACCCAAAAGCGGUGGUGUGGUAGAGAGAAGUAAUGCACAGAGGGUGGAGGGCAGAGAUCAAGGCGUUAGGGAAUAUUUUUAUGGAUCCCGGACUCCGUUAUAUCCACACAGUUUUGAAGUAAAAUGGAGUGAAGCUAGAUUGUAUAAAAUUGGUGCUCCGGUGCUACCUGCAUCCUGUAUGCCACUUGGAAUGAAAGCAGAAGAUAAUUUAACGAAGUUGGUAGCAGUUGCACCUGGACCUAACUUACUUCAUCAUUUAUUGUCAGUCUCGUUUGCUGAUUCACCAGAGGACGAUGUAGUACAAACCAAUGUCGCUGGAUUUGUCUGCGUCACCAAUGUGGAUGUAGAAAGGCAAACAUUUACAGUUCUGAGUCCUCAGCCAAGACCACUACCAAAUACAGUUUUAUUAUUAUCAGAUAUUCAAUUUAUGGAUAGCCAUUAAUUUUUUCUACUAUUAAAUUAAAACCACAACAAAAUAAAUAUAUUUGUAUAUAUAUAUUGAUUUGUAAAUUUUAUGAGAUUAAAAAUACCUUUUAUGCA